UUUAAAGUAAUUAAAAGUAAACAAAAUAAAAAAUUAGAAAUGGCAUUCAAACAAGUUUGUACUUCAUUGUUGGUAACAGUAGCUUGUUGCACUGUUUUGUCAGUGGCAACACCAUUGAGUUACUUAAGAGAUAACGACCAAAAUGGUUCACCUUUCCAAAAUCAAAAUCAAGGUUUUGUCUACUUAAGAGAUAAUGGCGUAAAUCAAGUGCAAACUGUUUUGCCAUACCAGAAUGGACAAGUAAACUAUGUCAACAAUCUUAUUGGGGGUUCCCAAAUCCAAACUAUUGCAACCUACCCCAAUGCAAUUAGUAAUGUUGGACUCUUUGGAAAUAAUGGAUUUGGUUCCAACAUCAUCAACAACGUAAACGGUGUAAACGGUUUAUCUGCUAUCCAAUAUCCUACUUUCGAACAGAUUUUACCAGUUUACAAUCAAGUUGUAAGUUACCCAAGUGCUCAACAAGUCUUACCAGUUGCCCAAUAUGCUGUUCAACAACCAGCUUACAUUGGUGGACCAGUAGGAUACCCAAAUAAUAACAAUCAAAUCACCAACAAUCAAGUUGCUCCAGUGGAAGUCAACAUUGGUGGUCAACAACCUUGCGCUGGUUACAUUGGUAAUGGUCCAGUUUACUUUUAAUCCAGGAUAUAUUUUGUUAAAAUGUUGAGU